UUAAAGAUCAUUGAUGGUAACGGCAUCACAGUCCUUAGUCGCUAUAGAUACUGGUCUGUAACUCAGAAAACCUACAGGGAAGUUUCUUUUGGGAAUUCUGGAAACAUAACUGUCCAGAUCUACCUAAGGCAGAGCUACAGUAACUUCAAGUUACAGUUUGGAAUUUUAAAACAAGGAUCAGGUUAGCCUUUAAUUUGCUAAAUUCAUCUAAUGUUGUUUUGUUGUUUGUUUUUUGUUGUUUGUUGUUUGUUUUUUCAUUGAUUGUUAGAAAUUAUUACUGAACUAUUUGAGAGAUUUGUGUGUGUGUGCUGGCAACAUAUAUUUAUUUCUUGUAUUCUCAUUCUCUGACAUUCUCAGUGAUAUCGUGUAACUUCAGUUGUUAUUAGUUUCAUGCUUCAUGGUUUUCCUCUUUCUUGUUUAUCGUUUUAGCAUUUUCACCGGCUAACUGGAGUGUUUUCAUUGACAAUACUACCACAACAAGUAUCCGAUUCUCCUGGCCAAACCUGCAAACACUUGUCGGUCAACAAUUAAGUUAUUACGUUACAGUCAUAAAAAAUUCAUAUGGUAGUGGUUUAGACAGCUACAUCGUCCCAGGAAAUACUACUUUCCAUGUGUUCUCUGGACUAACGGCUUAUAGCGAAUAUCGGUUAUCUGUUUUUGGUGUAAAUUACAGUGGGAAUGCCUACAACAGUACAGAGAUCACAGCAUGGACAGACGAAGGGGGUACGUGUAUUAUUUAAAGAUGUUGUUCUAUUUUUAACCUCGAAUUAUUCCCUGUAAUGAAUGCUCAGCGCCCUCAACUCCGUACUUGGUAUUAAAUCUUUAAACUGCGGCCAUAUUGAUAUAUAUAUAUAGGUCAUCUCGAACUUAAGAACAGAAAAUUCUUCUGAGUUGAUUUGCUUAAUUUUGCAUUUACAAUUUUCUCCCCGUACUUCAAUGACAUGUUAAAAUGUAAAAUACGAUUUAUUUUCACAGUUCCUAGCAGAGCUCCGUCAUACAUCCGACUUUCAAACUUUGAGCAGACUGAUGUGAAAGUACAGUGGAAUCCACUUUCCCAAUAUUACGCUAACGGACGUCUCCUUGGAUACAGAGUCUAUUUUAGGGAAUACAGAUCUUAUUAUUAUUACUCGUAUUUGACUGAGAGUGUUAACACUAGUAGUGCUAAUGUUACUAUGGUGAUAUUGAGGGACCUUAAGGAAGCCACAACUUACCAAAUAGCAGUGACAGCUUUUACGUCUAAAGGCGAAGGACCACGUUCAUAU